GUCGCGGCCGCCAUCUGAGAGCAGCAGCCAUGGCCCUGUGCUACCCCAUGGCCGUGGGCCUCAAGGAGGGCCACAAGGUGACGAAGAACGUCAGCAAGCCGAGGCACUGCUGGCGCUGCCGGCGCCUCACCAAGCACACCAAGUUCGUGCGGGACAUGAUCCUGGAGGUGUGCGGCUUCGCGCCCAUGGAGCUGCUGAAGGUGUCCAAGGACAAGCGCGCGCUCAAGUUCAUCAAGAAGAGGGUGGGCACGCACAUCCGCGCCAAGAGGAAGCGGGAGGAGCUGAGCAACGUGCUGGCCUCCAUGUGGAAAGCUGUGGCCAAGAAGGACUGA